UUCUCGAAUCUCACUCCUUUGUUAAACAAUCUCACUUGAGUUUUCACGUAGCCGUUUAACAUCCUAAUAAACACGACUUUCACAAUAUUGAAGGAUUAGGAAUAUGAGUGCAAUGAAUGGUAGAUAGGGGAUAUAAGUACCAUACUUAUAAAAGAUUGGGGAUGGAUGAUGUAAUUUAAGCAAGAGUAAACAAAGGAACAAAAAUAGAAAAUUUCCGUCCGCCUCCAGCACCGUUCCGGCUAUCCAACCUGUCCUCCGCCCUGCCGCCACCAUAUUCCGUAAUACCCUACUUCCGUCUCAGUUCCCCACCAAGACCCGUUUUCCUCCUCUUCAUAAUUUAUCAUAAUCAGUUGUUUUCUGUAUAUUAGAUUUCAGGUUGGGACAGAUAUUUGAAAUUUCGAAAAUGCAAAAUUCAUGGUGGCUGUACUUCUGCUUGCUGAUCUUUAUUAUAAUGCUCUCUUUUCCAGUAUUUACUCGCGGAAAUGUGAUUGACAGAAAAAUUUUGCAUGUUGGUCAUGAACUGUGGAAGGAAGCAUUGCCAUUACAAAUGGGUUCACGCCUCUACGAAUUGAAAGGGCUAAAACCUCAUAGUUGGUAUGAAGUGAAGAUAUCAUAUCCAGCUUCGAUACCCUCUAGUUUCUCUUUACAACUAAAGAGAGGUAGUUCAGACUUGGGUCUGAAUAUGGGAAGAAAAUUGCUUAAUACAGAAAAAUUGAUUUUCAAGACUGAUGGAAUAGAUUCACUAAGUGACCAGGGAUUGCAUGUACUCUUAAAUGUUGAGUCUGAAGGUGUUGUUGCAAUACCAGGGAAACAGGAAAGGAAAUUUGUUAUAUUUAAUAUAGAUGCAUAAGACUGCAGCCGAAAGAUGGAGAGACGAGCCAUUUCCCUAUAUAUGAUAAAUUAGCCAGCAUCUUUGGCAGGGACCAUGCAACCGGUCAAGGAGAAGAGACUCGUGCAGCGAUAGAUUCAAAUAAUCGAUAGAAGGCUCAAAUUCAAGACAUGGAAGGUAAUGAUGAGUCAUUUUCUUCUGGCUCUAAUUGUGAUUUCACUUGGCCAUAAACAUCAAACAACAAGAAGGGUUGCUCCAACAAAUUUUUGCAGUACCAUUACAAUGAAUGAUAGUGUGAUAUAUAGUUUAUUGUCAAGACAAUGGAUAGAAUGGAGAAGAUAAUAAAACGAAUAUUUGGAAUUUGUAACAAUAAUUGUGGUUCGUGCAGAGCUCGCCCCACUAGGAUUGAGUAUGAGGGAUGAGUGCUAUGGAGACAUUUGUUGAGAACCCUAUUAGGUUUGAAUAUUUUUAAGGACUUGAAGGGGUCACGUAAUCUUGAAUUCGUGUUAAUACUUUUAGAAUAACAUCGUAUCGGCCGUACGUAAUUGUGUUUGAAUGUUUACUUAUUUAGAUAACAUUGAGAACUUUGUAAAUUUGUACCAUAUUCGUUCCAAAUAUAUUUCACUUUUUAAUGAA